AUGGUUAGACAAACUAACCCUGGGUCUGCAGCUUACUGUGCAUGGAGCCAACAAAAUGGGCCUAAUAAGGCUCUCAUCUUCUCUAGUAUAUUCAUCUCAUUCAAGGGAGUUAUAGAUGGGGUUGGUGCAGGGUGUAGGAGUCUGAUUGGAGUUGAUGGUACUCACCUUAAAGGUAAUUAUGGAGGGAUUUUGAAAGACUGUAAUAGAGGGGAUGAUUGGUGCAUUAUGUCUGAUAGACAAAAAGGAAUAGAUCCUGCUUUGACUGAGUUAUGGCCAGAGGUAAAGAGAAGUGCCACUUCACCAUUUACUUUUAAGAAGGCUAUGAACAGAAUAAAGAAAGCAAAUCACUUGGCCCUUGUAUGGUUGUCUAAGUUGGGAGAUCAAGAAAGGUGGACGAAACAUAAAUAUGACCCUAAGAUAUGCUCAGAUGAGAACACGUCCAAUUUUGUGGAGAGUUCCAAUGCCACAUUAGGGGUUGAUAGAUGUAGGCCUAUUUUAACACUCUUGGAAGGCAUAAGAAGGGUGUGCAUGACUAGAAUUGCAUCUAGAAGACAAAAAUGUCAAGACUGGAAUAAUGCUGAUCCAUGUCCAAAUAUAGUCAAGAGAAUUCGGAAGCUGAUGCAUGAUUCAAGGACAUGUAAAGCAUACCAGAGCAGGAAAGGUGAAUAUGAAAUAAUGGAGGGCAAAUCAAUGCUACCAGUGUCAUUAAACAACAAGAAUUGCAUAUGUGGGGUUUGGCAAACAACAGGAAUCCCUUGUAGGCAUGCCAUAAGGGCAAUACUUGCUGCAGGUUAUGAUCCACAUCGAUAUGUGAGCACAUGGUACUCUGGCAGGGCCUAUAAACAAGCUUAUGCUCAUCAUAUCAACACAAUACCAGACCAUGAGCAUUGGCCAUAA